ACACCGGCUGCUCCCCCCUGCGGGGAUGGGGGUCCUGGGGCUGGUGACCCUGCUGGCCUGCCUAAGUGCGGAGGGCUGGGGGAAGAUCUUCUCCCGCUGUGAGCUGGCGCAGACGCUGCAGGACGGCGGGAUGGACGGAUACGAGGGAUACAGCCUGGCCAACUGGGUCUGCCUGGCGUUCUACGCGAGCGGCUUCGACACGGAGGCCGUGGGGGCCAAUGCGGACGGCAGCUCCGACUACGGCAUCUUCCAGAUUAACAGCGGCUGGUGGUGCCAGGACACCAAGGGCCCGUCGGAAAACUUGUGCCACGUGCGCUGCCAGGGUGAGGCCACCAGCGACAUCAAGGACGACAUCAACUGUGUGAAGAGAGUGGCGCAAGAUCCUCAGGGCAUGGAGGCUUGGGAUGACUGGAAGGAACAUUGCGAAAAGCAGGACCUGACCGAGUGGGUUGAGAGUUGUAAUCUGUGAGGCCCGAGCGUGUCUCCCCCACGGGGGGCGUCUGUCCUUCCUGUGUCUGUCUGUCCGGUCACACUAAUUUAUAAAGCCCG